AGAAGAAGAAGAAGAAUGGUAGGCAGGAUGAGGAACUCUUUUGAGUAGGAUUAAUUUAUUUGUUUUACAGAUGAAAAAAGGGCUGCCUGUUGCAUGGCUUUGCAAAAUAGUACUUUUAUCCUUGCCCUUGCUAGAUGUGGGAUUACCAAAAUAUUUCUUGAAAACCAUUUAGAUCAAUGUUGCUAAUAUAUACAAUCUCUACUGUCUUUUUAGAUACCCAGUCAACUGUGGAGCUGAGAAAUUCACAGGAGCAACCUGUGUUCACAGAAGGCCAAGUGAUUUUGAAUGACUACAGUUCGUCCAAACCUCAGGAGGUAGAAAAUAUGGACAGUGGAGAAGAGAACAAAGACCGGGUCCCACCCAUUGAAGAUGAGGAUAUGGGAGAUGAUUCAAUGAAAGUGAAAGAUGAAUACAGUGAAAGGGAUGAGAAUACUUUAAAGCCAGACCCCAUGGAAAAUGCAGAAGAUCCUGAAAUACCUUACAGCUAUCCAAGAGAAUAUAAUGAAUAUGAAAGCAUUAAGUUGGAAAGACAUGCUGUCUCUUAUGAUAGCAGCAGGCCAACUAGUGGAAAAAUGAACUGUGAUGUAUGUGGAUUAGCCUGCAUUAGCUUCAAUGUCUUGAUGGUUCAUAAGCGAAGCCAUACUGGUGAACGCCCAUUCCAGUGUAAUCAGUGUGGGGCAUCUUUUACUCAGAAAGGUAACCUCCUCCGCCACAUUAAACUUCACACAGGGGAAAAACCUUUUAAGUGUCAUCUCUGCAACUACGCAUGCCAGAGAAGAGAUGCUCUCACAGGUCACCUUAGGACACAUUCUGUUGAGAAGCCCUACAAGUGUGAGUUUUGCGGAAGGAGUUACAAGCAGAGAAGCUCCCUUGAGGAGCAUAAGGAGCGCUGUCGCACUUUCCUGCAGAACACCGGCAUGGGUGACACUGCCAGCGUGGAGGCAAGACAUCUCAAAGCAGAGAUGGGAACCGAAAGAGCUCUUGUGCUGGACAGAUUAGCAACCAACGUGGCCAAACGAAAAAGCUCGAUGCCCCAGAAAUUUAUUGGCGAGAAGCGCCACUGCUUCGAGGUCAAUUAUAAUUCCAGCUACAUGUAUGAGAAGGAAAGCGAGAUGAUACAGAGCCGCAUGAUGGAUCAGGCCAUCAACAAUGCCAUCACCUACCUGGGAGCCGAGGCCCUGCGUCCUUUGGUGCAGACCCCUCCUGCCCCGACCUCGGAGAUGGUCCCGGUGAUCAGCAGCAUGUACCCCAUCGCCCUUACCCGCACAGAGCUGCCCAACGGCGGCCCCCAGGACCUAGAGAAGAAGGGCGCCCACCUCCCCGACAAGUGCCUGCCCUCAGAAAGAGGCCUCUCCCCCAACAACAGCGGCCACGACUCCACAGACACCGACAGCAAUCACGAAGAGCGCCAGAACCUUGCCUACCCACACAAUCACCUGCUCCCUCCCCGCGCCCGGAAUGGGAUGCCAGCCCUGAAGGAGCUGCCCCACUCCUAUGAACUCCUCAAACCCCCCUCCAUCUGCCCUCGAGACGCCAUCAAGGUGAUCAACAAAGACGGGGAGGUGAUGGGCGUGUACAGGUGCGACCACUGCCGAGUGCUCUUCCUGGAUUACGUGAUGUUCACCAUCCACAUGGGCUGUCACGGCUUUCGUGACCCUUUCGAGUGUAACAUGUGUGGGUACCGGAGCCACGACAGGUACGAAUUCUCCUCCCACAUCGCGAGAGGAGAGCACAGAGUCAUGUUAAAGUAA